GUAGUCAAUUUAUCUAAAUCGGUUCUUCGAUUUCUGCUGCAUUGCACCACCCUACUACAACCGUGAGUACGAUUACAAAAGAAGAAAAAAACGAUUCUCGGUGUAUACAAUAUAAUAAAUAAUGAACCACUAAAAUGUCAGUCUUUAGGUGAAAGCAGCUGCAAAUAUCAAAGUCAUGACACAUAAUGGGAUUUAAUAUUCUAUAGAUGUGGCAUACUGUUCUAUAGUAUAAUUUUUCAUAGAUAAGGUAAAAUUUUCUAUAGGUGGGGAUAAUGUUCUAUGGAUAGAUACACUGUUCUAAAAUGUGAAAUAAUGUGUUAUAGAGGGAGUAUAAUCUUCUAAAGAUGGGGUAUAAUGUUCUUUAGAUGUGGUAUAAUUUUCUUUAGAUAGUGUAUAGUGUUCUAUAGAUGGAGUAUAAUGUUCCCUAGAUAUGGUAAAAUAAUCUAUAGAGUAUCAUGUUCUUUAGAUGGUGUAUACUGUUCUAUAGAUGUGGUAGGCCUAUAAUGUUCUAUAGAUGUUGUAUACUGUUCUAUAUAAAUGUGGUAUAAUUUUCUUUUUAUGUGUUCUGACCGAGGCAUUGAUUGCGUUUGAAAACAUAAACGACGUAAUUCGUCUGGGGGCAGCUGAUCUAGAUUUUAGUCUAGUUUACGUAGAAUUUAGUCUAGAUUAUCAAUAAUUUAGUUUAGUUUAUCUAGAAUUUAGUCUAAUUUAUCUAGAAUUUAGUCUAGUUUAUUAUCAAUAAUUUAGUUUAUCAAGAAGUUAGUCUAGUUUAUCAAGAAUUUAGUCUAAUUUAUCUAGAAUUUAGUCUAGUUUAUUAUCAAUAUUUUAGUUUAUCAAGAAGUUAGUCUAGUUUAUCAAGAAUUUAGUUUAGUUUAUCUAGAAUUUAUACUAGUUUAUUAUCAAUAAUUAAGUAUAGUUUAUCAAGAAGUUAGUCUAGUUAACAAAAAAUUAGUCUAGUCUAUCUAGAAUUUUGUCUCGUUUAUCAAGAAAUAAGUCUAGUUUAUCUAGACUUUAGUCUAGUUUAAUAAUAUAUUUUGGCGUCGUGUUCAACUCAUUGCCAUUAGACCCUAACUUAGAGAGCUGACGAUUAUUAAUAUAUAUUUCCCAAAAAAUAUGUUUUCAUAUUUUUAAAAGUAUCCCCCCACCCCCAAACCUACACCCGCCAGUGACUAUUGAUUGACCCCAUUCCUCCUUGUUCUGUCCCCAAAGUGCAGAUCAUUGAAUGACCCGUGGCCGUGACACGUUAACCAGGUGCAGUUCCACGUGAACACCGCAUUGAAUGGAACCAGCGUCAGGCAGAGGGCGAGGCCUUCCAACACCGAAAGCCACCAGGUUAGUUUGUACGGAUUUUAAGUGGAGUCUGUGUUGCCGAUGUUUUUAAUUUUUGUGAUUAUUUUGUUUAAGCCACAUUUACACAAGACGGCGUGCACUGUGACGACUGGUUGUCAAGGCUUUUACACACAAUCAUCCGGCAAUAUGUCCACUUGACGGAAACGUUAAUCUAGCUCUCAGGUCGCGGGCCGCAUGAAAUGUCGUGCUAGCAGUUGCCAUUUCCGUGCUGGAAGGGAAAAUGAAUCGGCCGGCCUUGCCAGUCACUGGCGUCGGAAGUGGAAAGGGUGGGGGAGGGGACCGGUGGAGAGACUUUUCUAGUCACGGGGCGACAGUUCAAACCUAAGUGAGAAAAGUGAAUGAUCUCCUAACGUUACAUUCAUUCCGCGCUGUCAUUGUGGGGCAAUAGGUGACCAGCGAGAUGGUCACUGACCUUGCAGCUCAUCGAACACAACAAUCACACAAAACAUAGAAACACAAGCCCCACAUUAUGGUGUAUGAUGUCAACCGAAAGAGUCCCCCAAAAAGUUACGCCCGGUGCUGUCCGCCCUCUCCUUCCACCUCUUCUUCCUCCACCCCCCCCCCAUUCCUUCGCCCUCUCUUCCUUUACCACUGCGUGUUGACCUACUUAAGUGACGUAAGUGUUUAGUACAACUUAUUACGUCAAAUGAAAUCGAUACAUUAAACCCACUGAGACGAUAUUUGUUUAUUCAAAGGGAUCGAUUUCAGGUUUGCGUAGAAUGGCCAAUCUGUACUGUCCGCCAUGCCAAUAAAGGCCCGAUGUUACGCCCUUGAUCUAUGCCACUUUCACCUCUUAUGAUUCCUCAUAUUAUCUCAGCUCAUACAUCUCAAGCUGUGCACCACUAGACAGUGUCAUAAGUCGUUCCAUAUUUUUUUGAAUCUAUUGACGCACCACAGAGAUAUGUUUUAUCCCUUCGCCUAUUAAAAUGCACUGUGUGUGUUUGUUUGUGUGUGUGUGUGGUUGUGUGAGUGUGUGUCUGUCUGCCUGUGUGUGAGUCGGAGUUAUUUUUCUUUUUUUUUAUACAUCAUUUUUAUAAUUAAAAAAAUCAUAAUUUAACGAUUUGCUUAUGAUUUGCCAAUUUGGAGUGUUUGCCAAACAGCCAACGGUUGCCAGGUGGUAUUUCAGAGGGCGGAGGAAAUGGGGUUAUAAAUAAUACCAACAGAGGAGACAUGUCAUGUGCCUUAAAGAUAUGAUAUAAAUGUGAUAUGUUUGUUUAAAAAAAUAUUACCCAUCACCAUUUUCGUCAUAUACGUAAUAAGUCACACAUUUAUUUUACAAGUUCUACAUUUCUCUUUGAAAUGCAAUAAAUUAUUCUCUAAUUCUAAAAUGCACUGUCACUCUGGUAAAGGGGUGCGAUAAUGCUUAGGGUUCGGAUUACAGGAAAGGUUGCGAAACAAUAAAAGUCAUCAGGAAUGGACAGUGGCGUAAAAAGGGGGGGGGGGGGGGGCAGAAUGGUGGUCCACCCCAGGCGGAAAUUUUGGGCCAACUGCAGAGGUUUUUUUUCGUGGAGGGGGCGGUAAAAAGCUUUGCCCUGCCCCGGGGCUGCAUUCGACCUAAGCUCGCCACUGACUCGCCACUGACUCAUAAUAACUCUACAUGAACCGACUGAUUGAAUGUAUCUGUCGCACUCAGACUCUUUUUAGCACUUAGCAGCCGUCACCAGCUGCCUGCGACAUCUGGCGGGUGCAUGCUGCUGGUGGACUCCCCACAGACCCAAGGGGUUCAUUAGCGAUGUAAAUAAGACGCCACAGCAAAACGUCCUUGGAAUGUGUUCACUUUACGUUUAAGAGCGUGAUCAGCCCAGCGUUUCUCUAUCUAUCAUGGCAGGGUGACACGCAUCUCUACGUCACCCUUGAAAAUAAAGCGUACAAUUGCAGCGAAUUAGUGGCGAUACUAAGCUGUUGAACGUGAACAUGGCGAAUGUUGACCAAGUGGAACUAGAACCGUGAGUGACACAUUUGAGUGUUAAUAAUCUAAUUAGAAGGCUUGCUCUGUCAAGUUAAUUGCGCGGACAUCGAUAUUGUAAUUUCAUUUCAAUUACUACAGUUGGAAGUAGGCACGCUUCUCGUGAAUAUAAUUUUCAAAAGCCGGCGAUUGGUGUUGGGGAUCGAGAUAACCGAGGUUAAGUGGCAAAUUUGGCGCCUUUUGUGCUCGAGAUAACUGGGUUCGGCGACAUAAAAGAAUCGACAUAACCGAGGAGAAAAUGCUAAGACAAAGUGAGAAUUUGGAGGUUCCCUUAAAAAAAUGUCGACACAAAAGGGUUGGCGAGAUAACAGAUGUCGCGAUAAGCGGGUUCGACGGUACUUAUGUUACAGAUAUGUUAAUAUUUAACAAUUUAUUUUGAAAAUAAUGUAAGUGAAUUUAAAAUCAAAAUAAACUAUGCAUAAAUAAUAUGGACGUUAUUGAAAAGAACCUGCCGGAAUCGGGAAGAAAAAUCGUAUAUCAACAUUAUUUUAAAAAAAAAAUAAAAAAUACGAACUUCAAAGGCUGAGUGCACUAUGAUAUUAAAAAAAACAAAAACAAAAAACAAAAAAAACAACCACAUUUUCAGUGGAAUGCUGAGGAGCACGUGUAAAAAGGGGCGGGACAUUAGAAUAUUAAUGUAGUACUGGGGCGUGGGGAAAAGUGUGCGGUAAAAUACCUGUAGAAUUGUUGAGCACUAAUUGGGAUUCUUAUGACGUGCGUUAAUUGACGUGCGUGUUUUGUCCAUUCAAUUGAGGAGAUGGGAAGUUCAGGAUUUGCCGCCGCCAUUAUUUUGCGUCGCUCUAUUUAAAACUGUUUAUUUUUUAUUUUUAAUUGAUAUAAAAAAUGGUCUUAUAUAAUAUUAUUUUAAAAUCUAUGUCCUUCAUUUUCUGAUUCUAUAUUUCGUUAUGACGUUUAGUUAUAUAGAUCACAACGUUUCCUCAUAAAAAAAUAAUAAUAAUAAUUGAAGAAAAAAAUAAACUCGAUAAAAAAACAUUGGGAAACGUACUUCCCAAUGCAAUUUUAAAAUAAAUCAAUGACCAAAAGAUCUUAUAAUAUUCAUUUACAAUAUGGACAGUUCAAUGCCCCUAAAUACGUAGGGUCCCAAAAAGCGCGAGGGAAGCCCUGGGUACCUGCCCAGUGCUCAUGCCUUAAGACGGUAUUGAUAUGAUCGACGGAUACAAUGUCUUAAAAGACAGGGCUGUUCGGACGUGUUUUUGUUCAAGAGUGCCUACUUGGGAAAUUAUGUAUGUGAUGAUGAAGCUAUGUAAAUGAACUAAGCUUUUACCUAUUAUAAUUUAAUUCCCGAGUGGCUCUAGUCCACCCCCAGGGGAGUUAAUGACUGAAACAUUUGUAACAGUAGUUAAACUUUAUAAAAUCCCUUGAAAUGUGGCAUUAAAAUGUAUUUGUUUAUUUAUUUAGUAGUUCAGGAGCCUUACAAGCGAUUUGUGGUUGCUCUAUAUAACGUACGUAGGGGUUUUUAGGUUGCUCUGACUGGUACUGACUCACUGUAUUCAUUUAGUCCACAUCAGCACUAAAGAGAUUCAAGAAAAUAUGGAACGACAAAAAUAUAGCCCCCAGCACCAAAAUGAGGCUGAUGCGCUCAUUAGUCCUCUUCAUGCCUGCGAGUCCUGGACGUUUAACAGAAGAAUUUGAAAGGAAAAUAAAGGCGAUGAUGAUGAGAUGUUUUCAGAGGCAUUCUUAGCAUCUGCUAUAUAGAGACCAUAUCUCCAAUGAUCAAGUGAAAGAAAGGAUUCGUCAGGCCAUUGGGCAGCACGAUGACCUCCUGGUGACUGUAAAAAAGCAAAAAAAAGCAAACUAGAAUAGUAUGGUCACGUGACAAGGAAACAAGGACUCGCCAAAGAAAUCAAGCAGGGCACAACGAGAGGAGGGAUAAGUAGAGGAAGACAGAGAAAAAGAUGGGAAGAUAACACCAAAGAGUGGACGGGACUAACACUAGGCGAUGCUGUGCGAAGUGCAGAAGACAGAGACGAAUGGAAGGUGACAGUUGACAUGUCAUCUGUGGCGCCCCAACGUUCCAAGGUUUAAGGGACAUGAUGAUGAUGAUUCAUUUCGUACGCUCAUUGGCGACUUACCAGCGAUCGAAAACAGAUCAUAUACAGAGACACCACAACUAAGCAUUAUUGGAUAGGUGGAGGGCCCUCUUAAAUUAUUAUUACAUCUUAUGCGCCUCUGCCCGUAUUUUACACGCGCUAUGUGGUUGGGUUGCCACACCUAGUUACUUAUUCCCUUAAAGUAGGCAUCGACUAAUGAGCUAACACGACUGAAUUGUGGAAACUCACUAUAUUUUUUAACAAUUAAAUUACACUGAAACAUUUAUGAUUAAAUAUAUACUUUAAAAUAUUGUUUCAUUGUUUUAUUAUUGCUGAAAUGGUUAGUUAUAAAAUGUAACAAAACCCACACAACCUUAAUUUUGUUCUGUGUUUUAAUGAGUUUAUUAUUUUUAUUAAAAAAACUUUGAACUUAAAAAAGGUUUAAUUAGAAAUUUUUAAUUUAGGAAAAUUUUUAUUUUAAUUUUUUUUCGUGUUGCUAUUGCAAUCAAUACAUGAGAUACAUAAAUAAUGCAUUUUCCCUUUUUUUCUUUAAAUUUAUUUAAAAAAAAUAUUUGUAUUUUGAAUUGAGGUGGGUGGCAGAAAUAUAUCAAUAAUGGAUCGAAGUAUGUUUAGGAUAUUUAAAAAGGCUUAAUAGUUAAAGGGACGUUUCAGCUAAACGCCUUCGUCAGCAGACGAUACUAGACAAGGAAAACAAAUAACUCUAAAUUGAAAAAUUUAGCUUUUUCAGUCACUGCAAAAAUUUCAGAGCACAGUAGGAAAAGUUGUUCAUUUAAGGUGUGUAAGUUGUUUCCCCUGUAUUUGAUAGUGCAGAAAAAAAUAAAAUAUUGACCGGCCUAUAGAGCUUUGUACUUGUAGAAGAUGUCUCUGAUGAUUUGUAAGGGUAUUUGCACAGUUGAUGUGAGACCAGAUCAGCGUUUCCCAAAUUUUGACACGAUGUAACACAUCUAAAAAAAGAUGUAACCCAAGUGGAAGAUAUUUAAAAAAAAAUUGAGGUCGCCAUGUUGACGCAAAGAAGACUAGAUGUCAAUGUCACGGCCUGAAGGGUCAUCGUUGUAGGAUAAAACGUUAAGUUUGUGAAAUAUAUCUCUAUUGCAAUAAAUGAAUGUAUGGCAAAACAAUAAUAGUGGUUAACAAAAGUAUACUGUGUAACAACAACUCUCCCCCCCCUCCCCCCAAUUCCUAUCUCAGAGACCAAUCUGUCCCCCAUUCCCGACCCAACCAAUAAUUUUCAAAUUAGAAAAGCCCCCCCCCCUUUCCUCCCCACUCUCCCCAACUAUUUAGUCCUCAAAUUAUACGCAAUGCUACACAAUGUUUACUUCAGUGAAAAGAUUCGUGAUGCGCCAAAGUAUAAAUCUUCCCAGCGGAUAGUUUGCUUGAUAUUAGUUGAUGGAAUGUUCUGUUUCUUCUGAUAACAUUAAUUUAACUCUAAACUAUAAUUCAUUCGAAUUUAAUUUUUUUUAAAAAAAGAUUAAUCAUUCUUAAAAGUUUUUCUGGAGAGCUUAACCUCUACAGCGCCCCCCCCAGCCCCCCCCCCCACUAUUUUAAAAAUGUACAGAAUGAUAUUUUGCAUGAUCCUCAAUAGAGGAUACAAUUAAUACAAUUAAAUGCCAAAGCUGUUACAUAUUGUAGAAUAUUUAAUUUAAAUCUGAAUGAGCCAUUUUGAUUUUAGUGAUUCAGAAAUUAAAAUCAAUUUAAAACACGAACAAAUGAAUCGGUGUUCUUUCAAUAGCCUUAGGUAAAAGUUAAAAAAAACAUUUCAUCAUGUUUAUAUAUCAUUCGUUCAAUUUAAAAUACAAUUAAUUUACAGUUAGUGUCUUCCUUUACAGAACAGAACACCCUCGGAGUUCGCUGUGUCCAUGUCCAACAUAUACAGCGUACUGGACGCCCCCGCCAUCUUGGCCUAGGCACCUCUUGUGCGAAAGCAAGCUUCUGCCCUGCAGCUUCAGCCAGCUAUGUUGGUUAGGAAUAGCCGGGGUCGCAUUCAUCUACUUCUUCAUCAUGGACAUCGUCCUGUUCACCCGCUUCCGAGACACCGAUUUGGCGAAAGAGUUCGGCUUUGUAACACCGGGCGAAAUCUACUUACCCUUCACACGUCUGUCCGUCAAAAGUAUCCUGAACGACCACCCCAGCCAGUUCAUCAUUGCGCCCAGCACCGAGUACUUCGACAUGCUGACCCACUUCAGUUCCGUAUUUUACUUCAUCACCCCGAACAUGAUCUCUCUCGCCCAUCUUGUUUGCGGAUUCAUCGCCGGGAAGUUCCUCGCGUCCGACCAUCUUCAAGACAGAAGGAUAGGGGUUGUUCUGUUCGAGCUCCGAACUUGGCUGGACGCCUUCGACGGCACGGUGCACCGGGCGCAGGCGGGACUGCGCCUGCACUACAACUCCACCCACUCGACCCUGGGCUACUUGGUCGAUUCCGUUUUCGAUACCCUCGGCGGAUGCUUCCUGUCGUUCGGCAUGUUUUUUUAUCUGAUGAAGAGGUUCGGCCCGAGCAGAGUUCCACUUCCGGUCAGGUCGAAUGUCAAGGACGCAAAGGACGGCCCCACGCCAGAAAUUUCACAAACGAGGGAUGACGCGUACAGCGUGCGAUAUUUAUUUCUGAAGGUGUUAAGUUUUGGCGUGUGCCUGGGGGUGGCUGCAAAAGGCUGGGACCAGGCCGUUGAGGAUUUUACCCAUGUCUUCCAGGUUCCGUUAAAGGAUCCAGAACUUUCGGUGAGUGUAAUAAAAGAAUUUGUAUGUAAGCAAAAAUCACUAGUGUUUAUUACCUGCUUGACCUAAAGGGCAGGCCAUUUUUUUUCCCAGAUUAAAUUUAACUGAGAGAUCUAAAAAAUCCCCCAGCUGUUAGGCCUACCAGUCAGUGGCGUUGGAAGUGAAAGCAGAGGGGCGGUCAGCCCCAGGCGCCACUAUUUUUUAUUUAUAUUGAGGGGCUGCAUUUUCGGCCAAAUGCAAUGUCUUUUUUUUCCCGUGUAAACGGGCGGCAAAAAGUUUGGCACUCCCCGGAUGGUACUAAGCAUAGCUACGCCACUGGUACCAUUACAUAAUACAUGAGUUCUAGUGUAAUUUAAAAAAAAAUUUUUAUCCAAUGAACAACAGUUUGUUAAUUCUUAUGAUGAUCUUCCAGAUGCUACAAUACACUUAUUGUCACUCGUAUACGACCAUCACCAUUUUCUACUUGUGGAGAAUAUUUGGAAGCCAGUCCAUUUUUAACUACAUUCUCCUCGCCUUUUACAUGGACAAAAUAUGGGUAAGUCAGGGGUUAAAUAAAAUUGUAGACAAAUGGUCAACUUGGGGCUUAGUCAAGGGUUAAAGUUGUUCGAAAACAUAGGGAAAAAGUCUGGGUUAUUCAAGGGAUAAAGUUAUUGUAAACAUAAGGACAAAGUCUGGGUUAGUCAAGGGUUAAAGUUGUUGGUAAACAUAUGGACAUGCUCUGGGUUAGUCAGGAGUUCAAGUGAUUGGUCAACAUUGGUACAAAGUUAUUAUAAACAAAGGGACAACGUCUGGGUUAGUAAGGGGUUAAAAUUAUUAUAAACAAAGGGACAAAGUCUGAGCUAGUAAGGGGUUAAAAUUAUUGUAAACAAAGGGACAAAGUCUGGGUUAGUCAGGAGUUAAAGUUAUUUUAACAAAGGACAUAAUCUUGGCUAGUCAGGGGUUAAAUUUGUUGGUAAACAAAAUGAAAAAAGUCUGGGCUAGUCAAGGGUUAAAUUUUUUGUAAACAAAAGGACAAAGUCUUGGCUAGUCAAGGGUUAAAUUUGUUGUAAACAAAAGGACAAAGUCUUGGCUAGUCAAGGGUUAAAUGACUUUGACAAACGAAUGUAUUGACUCGUGAAUUACUGUAGCUCUGAACAUCUUUUAAUAGAAGCCAUGUCUAUUUUUGGUUGGAUGACGAUAUGUGGCUUUUGUUACAUCCUUAACUUUGUUACAUACAUACUUUUGUUACAUCUCUACAUUUUACAUAAACACAUUUGCUACAUCCCUACCUUUAUUAACUACACAGUUUUGUUACAUCCCUAUUUUUAUUAAUUACACAUGAUUGUUAAUGUUAUGUAAUAAAAAGUAAAGAUAUUUUUCUACAUCCCUACCUUUGGUACAUCCUUACUUUUUUAUAUUUUACUUGUGUUACAUAUCUGCUUUUGUUACAUACACACUUUUGUUACAUACCUUCUUUUGUUACAUACAUUCUUUGUUACAAACACACCUUUGUUACAUCCCUACUAUUGAUACAUACCUAAAUUUUUAAAAUACCUUCUUUUGCUUUACCCAAACUUUUUUACAUCCCUACUUUUGUUACAUAUCUACUUUGAUACAUACCUACUUUUGUUACAUACACACUUUUGUUAAAUCCUACUAUUGUUACAUCCCUAACUUUGUUACAUACCUGCUUUUGUUACACACCUACGUUAGCUUUACCCUUACUUUUUUACAUACACACUUUAGUUACAUACACACUUUUGUAACUUAUCUAUUUUUGUUACAUAAACACGUUUGUUACAACCCUACUUUUGUUACAUACCUACUUUUGUUACAUACACUUUUGUUACAUACACUUUUGUUACAUACACUUUUGUUAAUCCCUACCUUUGUUACAUCCCUACCUUUGUUACAUCCCUACUUUUUUUACAUACAUACUUUUUAAGCCCCUACUUUUGUUAGAUCCCUACUUUUGCUACAUUCCUACUUUAUUUUAUCCCUACUUUUUUUACAUCCCUACUGUUUUACAUCCCUACUUUUGUUACAUCCCUACUUUUGUUACAUAUCUACUUUUGUUACAUACACACUUUUGUUACAUACCACUUUUGUUACAUAUCCACUUUUGUUACAUAUCCACUUUUGUUACAUAUCCACUUUUGUUACAUAUCCACUUUUGUUACAUAUCCACUUUUGUUACAUAUCCACUUUUGUUACAUAUCCACUUUUGUGGAUAGUACAUUUGAGUUUACACUCCCCCGUUAUGUUUUACUUCGUUUCUUAAAUGAAGAGUUAUUUCAACAAGAUAUUUAAUGAAUCAAUUGAUUGGGCAAUGUUGGGGAUUCGUUUGGUAGAAAAGUUACAAAUGACGCUGUUCGUUUUUGUUUAGGCGUCAUAACUCUUGAUGGUAAGCAUUUUCAAAAGUUUCUAAAAAAAACAAAAAAAAAAAAAAACGUUUGUUUUGUUCAGGAAUUCCUACGCUGGAUGCCUUUUAUCUUGCUGAGUGUUGUUGUCGUCUUGUACAUCAUCACAGCUGUUUACAUUCAUCAGGUACGUGGGAAUUAAGAGGGCUGUUUCAAUAUGAAACAUUUAAAUACAGUGGAAUGAUGCGACCCAACAUGGCGAUCAAUUACUAAUCACAUUUAUUGUGGCAGAAGUGUGACUCUUGUUGACGUUAAAUUAAAUAGAAAACAUGAUCUUAUGGAAUAAUCUGUUUUUGGCUAAUAUAUGAACGUUAACAAAAUACUGUGUUCUGCAGAUUUGAAGUGAUUGAAUAGAAAAUAUAAGUCACUUAAUCAUAUAAAUUUUUUACUUCUAAAUUCUGUAGAUUUCAAGUGAUUCCUGAUACUAAUAAUAUAAAAAUGAUUUUAUUGAAUUUAAUUGUUUAUAUAUGUAUAUAUAUUUAAUGUAUUCCCUAGAUUCGACUUGACCUUCACCUUUGACACACCUUUGACACACAGACCCGCGCGGUAUUUUAUGAGUAAGAGAACGUAAAACCAAGAAACCACGACACACCAAUCCUCUGACUCAAAAGUCGGCUGCUGUCACUGUCAAUGAAUUGAAUGCACAGGCACGUAAACGUCCUACAUCACAGUAGUCAAAUGUUAAGAUUAACUAAUAAUAACCUUUUAACGAUGAAGCGUAGCUAAGUUACACCGCAAGACAGUUUUCUUUUCUCAACUGGAUUCCACCGCGGGCCAAAGAAGUAUUGAAGUCAUCAACUUCUCCUGGAAACUUCUGGUCUCUCUCGCUAGUUGGACGAGUUACACAAAGCCUACACAAACUAUUACGUGUGGAAACUUUCAUUCGUUGUUCUUUUAGAUUAAAUUAGAAUGGGCGUUGACUUUAAUUAAGAAAAUGAACAAAUGUACAGGAAGUGCAUGUAGACUAGCUGAAGCCAUCGCCAGUAGAUUAAAGAACUAAAAGAGUUCUUGCAAUGAUCAAAUAUCCGGGGCAGAUGUUUCAUGUGCUUGUUAGUUGUUAGCUGAUGUCAUAAUGAACGUGUUCGCCAGUGACUAUAUGCCAGGACAAGCGUGUGUUUGACUGUUGGGAAAGAUCAUCACGCCUUACAACAAUUACACGUCUAAUUAAUUAUUUCAAACAAUUUAAAUAAUUACAUGUAUUCUGUUUUAAAUUACGAAACGUAUAAAUAAUAAACCGGCUAGAUUAAUGAACAUGUUUUGAAAAUGUGGAGCAGGUGAAUUGAUUCUAUCUCGACCAUUUUUUAAGUGAUAUUGAAAGGCAAAGUACGUUAUUCUUAUUGCAAGUGUAAAGAGGUCACUUUAAUAUUUGCUUCAUUCUCACACACGAGACGUUUGACCAAAAAUAGUUUUUUUUUUCAACAGAGGUCAUGCACUAACUAACCACUAACCCGUCGUUGGAAAGACUAUCAAUCCGAAUUCUCGUGUUUUUCAUACGUCCUCAUAACCUGUGUAAGAAGUAGAUGACAUAUUGCCCAUAAUUUCAGAUGCCAUUUUGGUUUUAACAAAGAGCAAGGGAAAAAAAAACCCAAAGGAAAUUAUUUGACAGUGUAGUUAAAAAUGUCUAGCCAUCUUAUGACACGGUCACAACGUAUUGGAAGACACGACCUUUGGACAGUGGUAUUGGAAGACACGUCCUUUGGACAGUGGUAU